CAUCCGGAUGUUAUGUCGUCCAACAAAAAUGGCGGUGUAAAUACUGUUUCAAAUCAGGUUUCGAAUGAGAGAAAAUUAAUGCAGAACUAUCAACGUUUAAUUCCUAUCUGUACUCAUGGCUGGUUUACCUCCGGGAGACCCACAGCUGGUCUCUAUGAUCGUUAAUCACUUAAAAACUCAAGGUCUUUUUGAUCAGUUCAGGAGAGACUGCUUAGCCGACGUAGAUACAAAGCCUGCUUAUUUGAACCUGAGACAACGCGUGGACAACUUUGUAUCAAAUCACCUCUCGAACCACACAUGGAGUCCUCAUCUAAACAAGAACCAACUGCGAAACAACAUCAGACAAUUAGUACUGCAGUCUGGAAUGCUCGAACAGGGAGUGGAUAGGAUUGUGGCUCAAGUGGUGGAUCCAAAAAUCCACCACAUUUUCAGGCCACAGGUCGAAAAGGUGGUCCGAGAGUUUUUAUCCCCAGGAAGCCAUGAAGAGGAACCCUCUGCAUAUUACCCUCCAGGGGAAGAGCGACAAGCCUUCCACCUUCCACCAUCAGCUAUGAUGUCUGCACCGGGCACUAGUACAAAUGCCAUGUCUAUCCUGGACACCAUCAGCUCCCUGAACCAGGAGGCAAGUAUCCGUGCCGGCGGGGAGAGGGGACUGAAGGCGACAGCAGAGGACCUGGCGGCAGAGGAGGCUGUGCUUAGGGCUGCGGAGGAUGCAGCGUUUAAGGCCACAGAGGAGGCCAUGCUGAAUGGCAGCACCGGGGAACAAGACAUGAGCCUCGUGGAGGAGGACGAGGAGGCCGAAGCGGCGGAGAAGCAGCCUGAAGAGGGCGAAAAGGCAGCGGAUAUGUCCAGCACCGAGAUAAAGAUGGAGGAUGUGAGCGAAGAGAUGGACAUAGACGGAGAGUCGGAGGGCGAGGACGUGAAUGGGGAAGAGGAGGUGAAAGGAGAGCAGGUUGAAGAGGAAAAGGAUGUUAAAGAGGAGGAGGGCAAGGACAAAAAUAUGAGCAAAUCACCUGCUCAGACUGCAGAGGAGGCUCUGAGCAAGGAGCAAGACCCUAGCAAGACCAUUAAUGAGAAACAGCGCAUCCGACAGAAAGCCAGAGAAAGACUUAAAGAAGAAUAUUCUCUGGAGGAUUCCGAUCUGGAGGGCCUGAGUGACAUCACAGUGAGCUCUGUCCACACCAGUGACCUUUCUUCAUUUGAGGGCGAGAGUGAUGAUGAGCCACAACCGUCCGAUUCUACCGAGGAGGGCGAGAUCACAUCAGAAGAUGAGAAGGUAGAGAAUAAAGAGAAAGACGACACUGAAGACGGCGAGGAGAACAAGGAGCGCAAGCCUGGGGCCCGUCGCCAGGGCUACGUGCACAAACCCUUCCUCUACUCUCGUUACUAUAGCGACUCCGAUGAUGAGGUCACUGUUGAGCAACGUCGGCGGUCUGCAGCCAAAGACAAAGAAGAGAGGCUGCUGAAACGACAGCAGAACCGUGAACGCUUAGAGGAGAAGAGGAGGAGUAAACAGUCUCAGAUGGAGGAGCCAGAUGAAAGGAAGGCAGUGGAUGACACACCGAGACCCAGGGCCAAAGAGGCUUGCAAGGAGAAGAAAGUGCUGGAGAAGAAAGUGGCCCUCAGCCGGAAACGAAAGAGAGACUCAAGGAAGGAGGGGGAUGCUGGACACAAAAAGAAGGGGGACACAGAAGGGGAUGCCAUGAGAAGAGAUGACUCUCAGAAGGCGGGCAUCUCAAAGAGCCUGUCCUCAAAGUCCAUGAGGAAGACCUCUGAGUCGUCUGUGUUGGAGGAGGUCCACAGGAGGAAGAGCGUUAGUGUCUCAGAGGAACCCAGUGAGCCCAGGAAAGUGGUGGACAAAAACCGAACACAUUCCUUCAUUCUGGACCUGGAGCAGGGGUCCGAGGAGCUGCUCCGACAGAGGACCUCGGGCAAGUUUGACCGGCAUUCGCGCAAAGACCAGCACCUCAAGGACCGCAAAGAAAAGGAAAGGGACCGUAGCAUGUCCGAUGAAUCCGCCAAACUCAAGCAGAAGGCCGAGAAGAAAGCAGAGAUGCACGGUGACGAGAGCUCACAGAAGGAGGGGGCCGAGGUGAAGGCCACCGCUGAGGACAAAGGGGAAAAGAAAAGCUCAAAAUUGAAGGUGGAAAAGAAGACUUUGUCUGUUGGCAGGGAGGCGAGGUCCUCUGUGUCCGAGGGGUCCGCGGUCGAGGAAGGGCACAGAGACUCCGGGCCAAAGAAAACUAAAGCCUCAAUGACGGAGGCCCUGAAAGACAAAGAGAAGGACAAAGAAAGGACCAAAGGAGAGAAGGCGGCUGGUAAAAGCGAUCCCCGACAGCCUCUUUCUCAUCCCGAUUCCACGGGAUCCUCGGAGGAGAGGUCGGAUCUGGAGCAGGGGUCGGAGGGGAACAGGAAGAAGGACAAGCUCAUAAAGGAGGUGCUCAAGCGAUCCAAGAGUUUGUCCGAGGUGAAACACGCCGAGAAGCACAGGUCCAGGCACGACAGCAAAGACUCGGACAAGGACAAGGUAAAAGGAGCUUACAGCUCGCCCGAACGACCGCAUCUGUCCAAGUCCAUCUCUGAGAGUGAUGGAGAAGCUCGGCGCGGCAGAGAUGUGGAGCCUGGGUCAAAGGGGAAGAUGUCCGAGAAGUCAAGGUCCAAGUCGAGAGAGGAGCCGAAAUCUCCGAUACUGUUCAAACCGGACAAGAAAGUUUCCAGUCAAGAUGCUAAGAGCAAAGGCGCUGCUUCAGCCAGUAAAGCGGACUCAACGAAGGAGAAAAAGAAAGAUGGGAGCUCAAAAGAGGAGAAGAAACCCUCUGAGGAACAUUCCUCUGACAAGUCACAGGAGACCAAGGGCACGAGGAAGGCGAGCGAGAAGAAGGCCAAAGAUCCCGAGAAGAAGGGAGAAGCCCAAGGAGAGAGAAGAGGCAUAUCGAUGGCUUCCCCUCUUUCGCCAACCACUCCUGAGGCCCCCGUUGCAGAGACGGUCUCUCAGCCCAAAGAGUUGAGUCUGGAGGCAGCGCCCGUUGCGGCUGCAGAUCAUCACACAGCCGUCGUUUCUGUCGAUGUUUCUGAUGAUGCUUUUGAUGCCCUGAGUGACAUCACCCCAGAGCCCAAAGGGGAGGAUCUAGCUGCGCGGCUCGCCGAAUGUGAGGAGCAGCAGGAGGAGGUGAAGGAAGAGCCCAGGCCACUGCCGGCCGAGGCCGACGCCCUGCUGAGCCUGAUGGAGGUGUGCAGCUCGGCGGAGAGAAGGGUUGUGACGGAAACGGAGCCGAUACAGGAAGGGAUCCCGAGUGCAGGCCUGUCGCUGCAGGACGCGGACAUGAAGAUGAAAUUAUAUGGCUCUUCAGAGUGCUGCAGAAAGUUCCACAUGAAUGGGUUUUCCCAACGUUCGGAGGUCUGUUAA